AUGUCCAGACUCAAGUUACCCACACUCCUUCUCUACCCAAGGACAACCUCAACAACCAACACCAUGUGUGGCAGCUACUACGGAAACUACUAUGGUGGCCGUGGCUAUGGAUGCUGUGGCUAUGGAGGCCUGGGCUGUGGCUAUGGUGGCCUGGGCUAUGGCUACAGAGGCCUGGGCUAUGGCUAUGGAGGCCUGGGCUGUGGCUAUGGCUGUGGCUUCCGCAGACUGGGCUGUGGCUAUGGCUGUGGCUAUGGAUAUGGCUCCCGCUCCCUCUGUGGCUGUGGUUAUGGAUGUGGAUCAGGCUUUGGAUACUACUAUUGAGGAGAUUGUGGGAGUGUCAUCUGCCACACAGAUGAUGUCAUGAUUCACCAUCCCUGAAUCCCAUGCCCUUAUGCCAAAACACUAAAUUACACCUCAAACUUCUGAUGACAUUUGUUGAUGAACUGAAAUCUGGUGGCCCCAUAUUGAUUUAACAUUCCUAGUUCUCUACCUCGUGUUUAGCUUCAGGAUGAGUGAGAUAAUGUGAUGUUAAUUCUGCAAACCUACUUAUCUCCUUCAACAGAGUGAAGCUGUUAUUUGCCCUAGCUUAUUGAUUUUUAUGCAUUAUUUUGUUUCUUACUAUUUUUAAUAAACUUUA